AUGUCUACAUUGGAAAAUGCGUUAGAGAAGCUAACUAAGCAUACUUCUAAUUUCAUGAAUGAGACAAAGACUAACUUCAAGAACCAGGAAGCUUCAAUUAGAAAUUUGAAGAACCAAAUUGGUCAACUUUCAGGACAACUCUUAGAGAGAUCUUCUGGAACAUUUCCUAGUGACACCAUACCAAACCCAAGGGAACAAUGUACGGCAAUGCAAUUGAGGAGUGGAAGAGUGUUAGAGAAUGAAAAAAGGAGUGAGAUCAAGAGAGAGAAAAGGAAAAGAUUUGAUGAAACAAUGGAAGAGAGUGAAGAAAAUGAAGUUAAGAGAAAAUGUGAGGAGAAGAAUGAGGAAGAACAAAAAUCAAAAGAGUUGAAGAAACAAGAACAAGCGAAGCAAUUUGCAAGAUUUCUUGAUGUAUUUAAGAAGCUCUACAUUAAUAUUCCAUUUACUGAAGCAUUGGAACAAAUGUCAAGUUAUGCUAAAUUCAUGAAAGACUUGGUGUUAAAGAAAAGGAAGCUUCAAGAAGAUGAAACAAUUAUGCUCACAGAGGAGUGUAGUGCAAUAAUUCAACAAAAAUUGUCUCCCAAGUUAAAGGAUCCAAGAAGCUUUGAAAAUAUAAUGGUGCAUAAGGCAUUGUGUAACCUUGGAGCAAGCAUCAAUUUGAUGUCGUUGUCCAUUUUUAAAAGGCUGGGUAUUGGAGAAGUGAAGCCUACUACGAUAACUCUACAAUUGGCAGACCGUUCAAUGACUUAUCCUUAUGGAUUGUUGAAGAUGUCUUAG